AUGCUCAGUCAGGGACUUGUCACAGAUCUCCCAUGCACCUUCCCGUCGCUCCCUCCCUCGCUUGCCCCUCCUUGCUCUCCGUGCGUCGCCAGUCGCUUACGCGCCACUCCCCACUCCUCCUCCCUUCGUCCAGCCACCGCUCCCUUCGAGAAUCUCCACUUGGACGUCUGGGGCCUUGCCCCGACGCAGGGGUCUGGGAGGGAGCGUUACUUUCUGGUGGUCGUCGACGACUUCUCCAGGUACACCACAGUGUUCCUUCUUACGACGAGGUCCGAGGUAGCGUCUCCCUCCCCGCAGUCCUCCUCACAGUCCCCUCAGCAGCCUUCGGCACUUCCGCGACAGGUUCCUGUGGACUUGGUUGGUGUUGGAGCUGGAGGUGCAGCCGCUGGUGGUGCGCGGUCUGGGGGUGCUCGUUUGCGGGGUGCUGGAGCUGGAGGGGCUGGUGCAGGUGGCGCUAGCUCUAGGGGUGCUGGAGCUGGGGGUGCUGGAGUUGGAGGUGCUAGCGCUGGAGGUGCUAGUUCUGGGGUUGCUGGAGUUGGGGGUCCUGACACUGGAGGUGUUGGUUCUGGGGGUGCUGAGUCUGAGGAGACUAGAGCUGGAGACCCUGGUUCUGCGGGGUCCACUCCGCCUCCCCAUCGUCGCGACACGCGUAUCCAGGCUGCCCGUCGGCGUGAGCGUGAGGAGCAGGAGCGGUUGGAGAGGGAGCGGCAGGAGCUGCGGGUGCUGGACCUUCAGGAGUAG